AUGGCCCAGAGCGAACAUGAUAAGCAGCAGAACUUCUUCGCUAAAGCUGGGGAAAUUGCACGUAAACCUGUUGAUAAAGUUACUAAGGAAGAUGCAGCGCAGGUCCAAAGGGCAGAGGCGCGUGCUCUAGGGGAACCGCCUGGAAAGGGGUCGACUUCGGCCGACGUGCAGUCGCUCGCAGAUCAGAAUGAAAAAAACAAAACCUCUUGA